UUCUCCACUACGACCUGCGGUUUGUGCUAUCUGUUGUGGUGAGAAACACCGGUGGGCAGCUAGCAGUCUGAACUAUGGAGCAGAUAAAUGAUAUCCAGGUCGUUCCGUGCACCAGCUCCAAUUAUCUAAAACCAUUCAGGGUGCACUAUAGCCAGAAUGGGACAAAGAAAUCGUGGGACUUCAUGCGAACUCAUGACAGUGUUUCGGUUCUGAUCUUCAACACCACCUCGCACUGCUUCGUCUUGGUCAAGCAGUUCCGCCCAGCCGUGUACAUGUGCGAGUGGGAGAGGACCCAGCCCAAGGCACCUGAAUCGGCCGAGCAGGCGGCGGAGGAGAAAGAGUGGGCUGCGGCUGCAGCCCCGGAGACCCCCAGAGGCGAGACUGCUGCUACGGUGGGGGGCGGGGAGACGUCCCAGCCCCCAGGCUCAGUGGGGAUGACCUACGAACUAUGCGCAGGCCUGGUGGACAAGGCUGACCUGUCGCUGGAGGAGAUCGCCAGGCAGGAGGUGCUGGAGGAGUGCGGCUACGACGUGCCAGUCGCCAAGCUGCGGAGGAUCACCUCGUACAGGUCCGGCGUAGGCGUGACGGGCGCCAAGCAGACCAUGUUCUACGCCGAGGUGUCGGACGAGAACUGUGUGGGUGAGGGCGGGGGCGAGCCACAGGAGGGCGAGCUGAUCGAGGUGGUCAAGGUGCCCCUCCACGAGGCUAUGACCUUCGCCUAUGACGAGAGCAUCCCCAAGACCAUGGGCGUCAUCUUCAGUUUCAUCUGGUUCCACAACAACAUGUCGCCCAAGUACAAGAUCUCUACCAACGUGUAACCCACCCAACACCUGUCCCGGUCCCUGUACCCUUCAGCCUGAGGUAGAAGUUGCAGUUAACCACAGAUCUGGGAUCAAUGACCCUAACCCAUAGGCCUAAUCUAUACCAUUAGGGGGAUGGAGAAAAAAUCUGAUCCUUUGUCAGUGGUUAGGGACAACUUCAAUCUACUCCCAACCCCUUCACCUUCGCCUUUGCCCAUAUACAUAUGUUGUCCCCAGGGCGACCAUUUUUUCUCGUUACUAACUGUUAUUUUUCGGAGGUUUGUCUAAUUCUUAUUUUUUUUAUACGUGGUCUUAACUACUUUUCCUCUAAAACUUGCCAUAUGCUGGUGGCCAGCAGCACUUUUCGUUGUUAGUUUUCACUGUAAAUGUAUUACCUUUUCUCACAGAGAGGUCCAGUGUAGAUAGCUACAUGAUAGCGUUCUCGUUCGGAGCUGCUCGUCUACCGUUGAUUGGAUCAUGUUCCAGGAAUGCAAAAAUGUUGUUGCUUAGUCAGCGCCAGGGCUUGUUACGUAUGUCGGACGUUGCUGAGUCUGUUUGAUUACCGCAGCUGGUCCAGGCAAGCCUUGCUUACUUUCUCCACGGUCUACUCAGCCUCGAAGCCAGUGUUUCCCAAUCAUGGGGUGAGGGGGGUGCCCAUUUUUAUCCCAGCCCAGCACUAACACACCUGAUUCCACUAAUUAUUAUGGCUUGAUGGUCAGGUGAGUUAGUGCUGGGUGAAACACAAAUCUGCUCACCUUUUGGGUCCCCCAGGACCAGGAUUGGGAAACACUUCUCUAAGCAAUACUUGAUAGCUGGUAGUUUGAUCAUGGUUUGAUUUAGAAACAAAUCAACAGUUCAGUUAGCAGAGGCAAUUAGAUAAGUUGUAAGCAUUGCAUUGAAUCCAGGGGAGUCACUACAGUAGUGUGUGCUCUAUGAGGUCACAUGAAGUUGUACAUUUGAUAGAGGCUUCUUUUAACUACCAUGGGAAUAUGACCUACCUCUACACUGGGUAGAUUUAUAACAGUAACUAAUGUUGUCACAAUACCAGCACCACAAUACUCAGUAUCACAAUACUCGAAAGUAUUGUAAUAUCAUGAUACUAUGAUACUUCUGAGUAUCAUGAUACUGAGCAUUGUAAUAACACUAGUAACCACUAUAUAAUUAAUUGUGAAAUUGUGAGAACCCUCUGGUGGACAAUUGCUCUCACAAUUAUACGUGCGGGUUAGCAGGAAGGCUUCACCAAUAUUGGUUAUAAGAUCAAGAGCGUUAUGUAUAUCUCAGACAGUGUUUUUGAGUAGGUUCAAUGGGAGUUUUGUUUUGGGAAACUGAAAACCUAGCUUGUAACAUGUAGGUGGAAGUUUAGCGUGCUACUUGAACCAGCUUCCUGGAACAGCACCCUGAGCCCUUAGCGCUGUGUUUUGCGAUCCCCUUGUUGUUUUGAACCUGACUGCGGGGGCGGAAGAGUUUUGUUGAUACCAGCACCGUCUGUGACGCUUGAAGAAAAAUGGUUGCUCUUUUUAACCUGUGAAGCUGAGAGACAUGGCCCAACAGUUAGACAGACCCCUCUUUUCCGUAUGCCUGUUUUGGCCAGACCUCUUCAAAACACCCCCAUUUCCACAGAAAUCGACAACAGCAGCUAUCCAAGUCUAUGGUGGUUUGAAACUAGGGUUACAAAACUUUCCCAAAGCUCACAGGUUUUUCAGAUAUCCCGGUUGGAGGAUUCCCAGCUGAAGUAUUCCCUCCUUGAUGAUUCCCUUCAGUUUUACUGGAAAUCCUCCAACUGGGAUUUCUGAAAAACCUAGGAACUUUAGGAAAGGUUCCGGGAUUUGCAACCCUAUUUGGGACAGAUGGCGCUUAAGACAACAAUCAAUCUCAAAAGCACUUGCUUAACAUCUCAGGUCCAAACGGUUUCCCCCCCUUGACGAGGUGACAUUCAGGGAUCACCAAUCUGCACCGUCUUAGCGAUAUAGUUUUUAACCAUUGUGUAUGGCAGUGAUGUAGUAACAUUUCUAUAUAGUUUGCAAAUAUUAUGACCUUUUAAAGUCCUAAAUGGUGAAUUGACACAUCUUCUCAAGACAAACCUUUCUUUUGGCAACAUAUUAGUGUGUGGAUUCAUGGCCCCUUCCGCAAAAAGUUGUUAAAGAUCAAUGAAGCGGUGGUUCAAUUCAAUUUCAUAACAAUUGAAAAUAAGCUAUUGGCUUGAAAAUAUGUGGCUUCCUAACCGAAGGCUUAACAGCAAGGUCUAGUAGUUGUUGGUAGAAUAAGGAAACAGCAAGUUCUUAAUACAUAGUCGUUUACUUGUUUUGGACUUGUACAGUUUGUUACCUAGUUUAACUUUGAUCACAUUGGGUUAAGCUUGAUAUCUGAAUUGGCCUGUAAUUGCAUUCUGGGCGUCAUCAUUCCAUAGCCACGUAGGUCUUAACAUAACAGUUGAUGAAACAUAAAAAUAUUAUACAUUAACUUUGUUUACAUUUGUGAAAGACUGGCUCGGUUUCCCAGAGUUGUAAAAGAGGCCAGUUGUUGUAUCUGGUUAGGGGCAAUUCCAUGGUGAUGGGUAACUCAGAUUUUUCACUUUCAAAUGUAUACUUAACAAAAACCAUUGAUUUCAAAGUUCAACACAACUCUAUGCAC